AACAAUAAAGUGGAAGAUGAUACAGUGCUUUAUAUGAUAAAAAUGCGGAUAAGAUAACAAUGCUUUAGAUGAAGUAUAUGGUAUUAAAUGAAGGCAGUCAUUUCCGAAACUCGGGCUAAGUCAUUUCUUCAUAUGCAACAACGACGCAAGCGAUCUGCCUACGAGGAAUGCCGAGAAGGGUGUUGGUUUACCGAAUUGAAUGAAGUGAGCGAUUGGGAGGCCAAGAAAGUGUUUAUGAAGAAUGUCAAAUGUUCACAUUACGACUGCGGCCCGGGAGGUUACUGCACAAACAUCAACAAUAACUUCGUCCAUUCCGACUAUCUGCAUGUCCAUUGCAUUGUUGAUGGUUCCUGGGGUACAUGGAGUGGCUGGGAGAUGUGUUCAGUGUCUUGUGGAGGUGGUACGAAGAAAAGGUUCCGUUCGUGUGAUAACCCAGCACCACAAAAUGGAGGAAAUCAAUGUCCUAACCCUAGUACCAGUAGUGAAGUAAUACAUUGUGGCGAAAUACCUUGUCCAAUUGACGGUGUAUGGAGAAAAUGGAGCCCUUGGAGCAUCUGCUCGGUAACAUGUGAACUCGGAUCAAAGGUUAGAUCUCGAGUAUGCGAUGAUCCUGCCCCAGCUCAUAACGGCCUGCCUUGCGAUGGAGAUGCCGCCGGCACAGCUCAGUGUGAACUUUCACCGUGCCCUGUGGAUGGAGCUUGGUCGCCAUGGAGAAGCUGGAGCCCAUGUUCCCUUGUUAAUAAUGAUGUCAUCCGGUCAAAAUGUAGGAAAUGCACAAAUCCGAUCCCACAAUACGGCGGGGCAUUUUGCCCUGACAAAGCCCUGGACUCCGAGCAGUGUGCGCUUGCGCCAGAUGUAUUCAAGCCUAAAUGUAGAUGUCGCCGAUCUCGUAUGCCGGUGCUUAGAAAUAUGAGUUUGUCAGAGGUAGCAGCCGCAGUAGAUGAACUGAAAGAGGAAUUAACAGUUGACAAAUCCCAAACAGCCAUGGCCAUUCGGAAGAAAGUUUCCGCUCCAGAUUCCCGGACAUCCUCGAAAAUUAUAGGAGCACUACUUGGUGUUCUGAUGUUUUCAAUACCUUUCACCUUCAUCUUUGCCUUCGACUUCGUGAACGUCUACCAAUAUUUCCUUCGCAGGAAAAGAGUCUUACCGUCACCACUUACAGACAGCCCCACUCCCAGGCGCCGUAGAACUUCUGAAGUUUAAUAAUAACAUCUAUAACGAUUUCUGCUGAAACAAGUUUCAAUACUACUAUACCUAUAAGGCUGUUGUUUGCAUUCCCGAUUGAUUUCACGAUAUUUAUAUUGCCUGUGCGUAUGUAUAUGUGCCUGAUUUCACACUAUCAAAUCAUUACUAAUCUGGUGCAAAAUUGUGAUUACCAUGUAUUUUUUUCUGAAUUAGAAUAACGAGUAUGUGAACUGCGUUAUGUAUAUCGUUUUUCAUUUUAUUUUCCCUUUUUUCACGUAAUACGUUCUAUGAAACUGUGCUUUUAAUGGCGGACCAUAUUUGUUGUACAUGUAUAGACAAGCUCCAAUUCAGCAUGCUUUUAAAGGUAGAAAUUUGAAAACACUAUAUCUGGGCCCGUAUUCAUGAAACAGUACUCGUGCUCAAUUACAUAUUUUGAGCUAAGGAUCAAAUACUUUUUGGUGAUAUAAUAUGAUUUCUCAAUUAAUGUGUUUUCAAUGAUUUCAAGAAAUUUCGGAGAGACUUCGGGCGAGAUAUUAUUUUCGAUGUUUUUCGAGUUUUAUUUUAACUGCUAUUUUAUUAUCUAAGCGAGUUUAAAGAAAGCUUGGUUGAAAUCACAGAUUUCAUGCUUGUGCAUGAGAAUAGUUUUAUGAAUACAGACCCUGGUUUAAAACAUUAAAUGUUGAUGAUCUGAUGGGGUGAUUAGUUAAGUUAUGAGGAAUAUUUCGGCCUUUAUUGCCUCUUGGUUCGUUUAAUUGGUCUUAGUAAUAUCGCAUUAACCAUUGAGUGAAGGUAAACAUUAAAUGCAAUAUAUGUAUCUAAGAGGUUAGCUCGAUACAUCGGUA